AUGGUUGAGGGAAAAGUAUUUGUUGUUUCUAAUAGACUUCCAGUGACAAUCAAACGUAAAGAUGACGGGACAUACGACUACUCAAUGUCCUCCGGUGGCUUGGUCACUGCAUUGCAAGGCCUCAAAAAGUCCACAGAGUUUCAAUGGCUAGGCUGGCCAGGUCUUGAGAUACCUCAAGAUGAGCAAGAAAAAGUCAACAAGGACUUGGACUCCAAAUUCAACUGUACUGCUAUUUUCAUUAGCGACACGAUUGCGGACUUGCACUAUAAUGGCUUUAGUAACUCUAUUCUAUGGCCAUUGUUCCAUUACCAUCCGGGUGAGAUGAACUUUGACGAGAAUGCAUGGGCAGCAUACAUCGAGGCCAACAAGAAAUUCGCCCAAGUCUUGGUUGAACAGGUUGAAGAUAACGAUAUGAUUUGGGUGCAUGACUACCACCUUAUGCUCUUGCCAGAAAUGCUCCGCGACUUGAUUGGACAAAAGAAGAAGAAUAUCAGGAUUGGGUUCUUCCUCCAUACACCGUUCCCAAGUUCAGAGAUUUACAGAAUCUUGCCUGUUCGAAAAGAAAUCUUGAUUGGCGUAUUGAGUUGUGAUUUGAUAGGCUUCCACACAUAUGACUAUGCAAGACAUUUCCUAAGCUCAGUGCUGAGAAUUGUCCCCGAUGUCAAGACAUUACCCAAUGGCAUCGAGUACAAGGCGCGCAAGAUCCAAAUUGGCGCGUUCCCCAUUGGUAUCGAUGUCGAUAAAUUCACCGAGGGACUCACAAAACCCUCAGUACAAGAUAGAAUUAAACAACUCAAGUCGAAAUUUGACGGGGUCAAGGUCAUUGUUGGUGUUGAUCGAUUGGACUAUAUCAAAGGUGUGCCACAGAAACUCCACGCAUUUGAAAUCUUUCUUGAACAAAAUCCUGAAUGGAUUGGAAAAGUUGUCCUUGUCCAAGUUGCUGUCCCUUCUCGUGGUGAUGUAGAGGAGUAUCAAAGCUUGCGUGCCACAGUGAAUGAGCUUGUGGGAAGAAUUAAUGGUCAAUUUGGUACUGUUGAAUUUGUUCCUAUCCAUUUCAUGCACCGCUCGAUCCCAUUUGAUGAAUUGAUAUCACUUUACGACGUGAGCGAUGUAUGUCUUGUUAGCUCAACACGAGAUGGAAUGAACUUGGUGAGUUAUGAAUAUAUCGCAUGCCAAGAAGACAGGAAAGGAAGCUUGAUUCUUUCUGAGUUUGCCGGUGCCGCACAGAGUCUAAAUGGCGCAAUCAUUGUCAACCCAUGGAACACCGAGGAUUUGUGUGAUGCUAUUAAGGAGAGUUUAACAUUGCCUAGUGAAAAGAGGGAGUUUAAUUUCAAAAAGAUGUUUUCGUACAUCUCAAAGUACACAUCAGGGUACUGGGGUGAAUCUUUUGUCAAUGAAUUAUACAAGUGUCAAGAAGGCGUCUAA